UAAUAUGUACAACAUCAUUUCUAUUCCCAUCAUCCUGGUCCUUGACUUGUUCCCUAAAUGGUCGUAUCGUAUCAGCCAGAUCCUUGUUCAUUCCCGAAUUGUGCAGCGCCCGGAUCGACUAGUAGUCUUGAUGGAUCCACCUCACCUCAGCCCGGCUUCAGCUCCCCACUCAAUGGCAUCUGAAAAUUGAAUACUUCGACACUCAUAUAUUCACCCAAUUCCUCCAUUUGACUUUCUAUUAUCUUUUCCAGCACAGAAAUAUGUGGUCCUCUACCUCAGCCGGGCGAAAACGCCCACCAUGGCUGUUGCGCUUCCGUUCGUCGACUGCUUUCAUCAUCGCUACAGUCUGGAUAUCGUCAUUCGCAGAAUAUUUCCUCUACGCCAUGAUUGUCCCCGUCAUGCCAACAGCCCUAGUCGAUCGCGCCAACAUUCCAUAUGAAGAUCGAGAAUACUGGGUGAGCGUGCUCCUGGUAUGCGAAGCCGCCAUGGCUUUCAUCUGCUGUCCGAUAUUCGGCUACAUCAUCGACGCAGCUCCCACCCGCCAACUGCCCUACCUGCUAGGUCUGAUCCUGCUAGGCGCCUCCAUGGGCAUCCUAGCAGCCGCGCACACGAUCCAGCUCUUCAUCAUUGCCCGGAUUCUUCAGGGUGGCGCAACGGCCAUGGUAGCCGUAGCGGGCCUAGCACUGCUAGCUGACUCGGUGGCAUUCGACAAUCUCGGCCAGGCCAUCGGGUACCUGGGUUCGGCUGUUGCGCUGGGCUUCCUACUCGGACCGCUGCUAGGCGGACUGGUGUACGAUGUGGCAGGGUACCAUGCUGUGUUCGCAAUGGCGUUUGUCAUUGUCGGGGUAGAUCUCGUGAUGAGAGUAUCCGUCAUCGAAAAGAAAGUUGCGCAGCGAUACCUGAUCACUGAAGAUGGGGAGACCCCGGCUUCAUCCCAUCAAAACCAGGUCUCUUAUCAGACAUUCGCGGAGCCAGCCCCACCAAGUCCAGACAAUGGAAAGCCACGACGACCGGCUUUGUUCCUGAUCAUGCAACAGCCGCGGGUGCUCAUUUCUUGUUGGGCCUUGCUAGUCCAGGGUCUCUUCUACUCGGCUUUUGACUCGGUUAUUCCCAUCUUCGUCGAAACGCGAUUCGGCUGGGGACCAUUCGGGGCAGGAAUGGCAUUCCUCCCAUCGGCAUUCACCGCACUGUUCGAGCCAUACUUCGGCUCCCUCUCAGACCGCUACGGCACGCGCCUCAUAACAACCCUCUCCUUCACGCUCCUCACACCCCCGCUAAUCGCCCUCCGCCUCGUCGACUCCAACACAACCGCGCACAAAGCCCUCCUCCUCUCCCUCCUCACAGCCGCCGGGCUCUGCAUGAACGCAUGUCUCCCCGCCCUCUACGUCGAAACGCAGCAAGUCCUCGACGAGAUGGAGGCCGCUGAGCCCGGCCUUUUUGGGGCGAAGGGAGCCGUGGCGCAGGCGUUUGGCGUGCAGACGAUGGCGCAGUUUAUGGGGCUUUUCUUGGGCCCGAUGUGGGGGGAUUCGUGGAUAGUAGGUUUGGGUGGCCGGUUAUGUCGUUGACGUUGGGGGUUUUGGCGGCUGGAACGGCUGUUCCUGUGCUUUGGUUGAGUGGUGCGAGGGAUGAUAGAGAUAGG